UUGGGGGUUCUUAGGUUGGCGGCGAUGGGCACUGGGGGCGGGUGGCGUUGGCUUUUGCUGCCGCCACCUCCUCCAACGACCUAUCACUGGGGUGCUGCGUAAGGCCCGGCUGGCAGGGACUUGUCUGUGAGGUGGAAUGGACUGGUUGCCGGACCAAGUGCCCGGCAGUUGGCAGGAGUAUGAGGCGGAGUGAUGCGCGCCCAGCCGCCCAGCAUCGUUCUAGUUGUCAGAGAAAUCGCUUCGGACCGUGUGCUGCCCUUGGCUUCGUUCCUGAGCCGGGAACCCCUUUCCAGGGGUUGGAACUGCGCUGCGCGGCCAGCGGGAGGUCCCCAAGGACGGAGUCGAAAGGUCACAUCUUAUCUGUCAGUGGUAUGUGACAGCAUCGCGACUGCACCUGCAGAACCUGAACUAGAUCCGUAAUGCCUCCUGCCUGGCUCUUUCAAGAUGGAGGGGACGCCUGAAGGAGAGCCUACGCAUGUGGCAUCUAAAUUCAAACUUUCCACCAAGGUAGAGAGCACAGGACACUGGCUGGUGGAGGAUCACGCGCGGCUAUGGGAAGCUCUGAAGACAGAGGAGAGCUCGAUUCAGGACUGGGGUGAAGAGGUAGAGGAAGGAGCUGUUUACCAUGUCACCCUCAAAAGAGUCCAGAUUCAACAGGCUGCCAAUAAAGGAGCAAGAUGGCUAGGGGUUGAAGGGGACCAGCUUCCUCCGGGACAUACAGUCAGUCAGUACGAGACCUGUAAGAUCAGGACCAUCAAAGCUGGCACCCUGGAGAAGCUCGUGGAGAACCUGCUGACGGCCUUCGGGGACAAUGACUUCACCUAUAUCAGCAUCUUCCUGUCGACGUACAGAGGCUUUGCCGCCACCAAAGAUGUGCUGGAGCUGCUGCUGGACAGGUACGGAAACCUGACGAGCCCAAGCUGUGAAGACGAUGGAGGCCACAGUUCAUCGGAGUCGAAGGCGGUGAUCAGGAACGCAAUCGCCUCCAUCCUGAGGGCCUGGCUUGACCAGUGCGCAGAGGACUUCCGAGAGCCCCCGCACUUCCCUUGCUUGCAGAAGUUGCUGGACUAUCUCAAGCAGAUGAUGCCAGGCUCUGACCCGGAGAGAAGAGCACAGAACCUUCUUGAGCAGUUUCACAAGCAGGAAGUGGACGCUGACAACGGGUUUCCCAACACCAUCUCCUUCAGCCUGGAGGAGGAGGAGGACCUGGAGGGGGGCGGGUCCGCGGAAUUCACGUGCUUCUCCGAAGAUCUCGUGGCCGAGCAGCUGACCUACAUGGAUGCGCAACUGUUCAAGAAAGUAGUGCCUCACCACUGCCUGGGCUGCAUCUGGUCUCGAAGGGACAAGAAGGAAAACAAACAUCUGGCUCCUACGAUCCGCGCCACCAUCUCUCAGUUUAACACCCUCACCAAAUGCGUUGUCAGCACCAUCCUGGGGGGCAAAGAGCUCAAAACCCAGCAGAGAGCCAAAAUCAUCGAGAAGUGGAUUAACAUUGCUCAUGAAUGUAGAAUCCUGAAGAAUUUCUCCUCCUUGCGGGCCAUCGUUUCAGCUCUGCAGUCUAAUUCCAUCUAUCGCUUAAAAAAGACUUGGGCUGCGGUCCCAAAGGACCGAAUGCUGAUGUUUGAAGAACUUUCAGAUAUCUUCUCAGACCAUAACAACCAUCUGACCAGCCGGGAGCUACUGAUGAAGGAAGGAACCUCAAAAUUUGCAAACCUGGACAGCAGUGUGAAGGAGAACCAGAAGCGGACUCAGAGGCGGCUUCAGCUCCAGAAGGACAUGGGUGUGAUGCAGGGGACUGUGCCCUACCUGGGCACCUUCCUGACCGACCUGACCAUGCUUGACACCGCCCUCCCGGACUACAUCGAGGGCGGCCUGAUAAACUUUGAGAAGAGGAGAAGGGAAUUUGAAGUGAUUGCCCAAAUAAAGCUCCUACAAUCUGCCUGCAACAGCUACUGUAUGACCCCGGACCCAAAGUUCAUCCAGUGGUUCCAGAAGCAGCAGCUGCUGACAGAGGAGGAGAGCUACGCCCUCUCCUGCGAGAUCGAAGCGCCCGCGGACGCCAGCGCCACAUCGCCCAAGCCUCGGAAGAGCAUGGUGAAGAGGCUGAGCCUACUGUUUCUGGGGUCGGACCUUAUCACCAGUAGCACGCCUACCAAAGAGCCGCCCAAGUCCGCUGCCAGCGGGAGCUCCGGGGAGAGCAUGGACUCCGUGAGCGUGUCAUCCUGCGAGUCGAACCACUCGGAGGCCGAGGAGGGCUCCAUCACGCCCAUGGACACGCCCGACGAGCCUCAAAAAAAGCUCUCCGAGUCCUCCUCAUCGUGCUCCUCCAUCCACUCCAUGGACACAGCUUCCUCAGGGGUGUCGUCCGUGACGAACCCCGUCUCCUCCCCGCCGUCCUGCAACAACAACCCCAGGGUCCACAAGCGCUCAGUCUCCGUGACAUCCAUUACCUCCACCGUGCUGCCGCCCGUUUACAACCAGCAGAACGAGGACACCUGCAUAAUCCGCAUCAGCGUGGAGGACAGCAACGGCAACAUGUACAAGAGCAUCGUGCUGACGAGCCAGGACAAGACUCCGGCCGUGAUCCAGAGGGCCAUGAUGAAGCACAACCUGGACACGGACCCCGCGGAGGAGUACGAGCUGGUGCAGGCCAUCUCAGAGGACAAAGAACUCGUGAUCCCAGACUCGGCGAACGUCUUCUACGCCAUGAACAGCCAAGUGAACUUCGACUUCAUUUUACGCAAAAAGAACUCUGUGGAGGAGCAAGUGAAGCUGCGUAGCCGGACCAGCCUGACGUUGCCCAGGACAGCUAAGCGGGGCUGCUGGGGCAGCCGGCACAGCAAGAUCACCCUCUGAACGGAGGCGCCGAGCGCCACUUCCUUGCCGAAGGCGGCGCGGGGCCGAGGACAGGCCGUGGUGGUUGCAGCUGCCACCCAGUGUUAGCGGAUCGUUGGUGAAGUCAACGGAUAUUUAUUGAGAACCUCUGGUGUGCAGGGCAUUCUUGAGAAGCAUUGUAGGGAAAUCGGAGAUGAAUUUGAAUGAGAAGGAUGAACGAUUCACUGAUUCUCGUUGACUUGUUUGACUGAGAUGCAGAAUUAUCCAUGUUUAUAAAUAUAUAGGUAUGUACACAUAUUUGGUAGGUAUGUGUAUAUAUAGAUAUAUAAAUAUGAGGGGCUUAUGGGAGGUUCUGGACAAUGGAAAACCAAAUUUGCACAAUGGCCUGGGAAGUCGAGGUCACUUUUUACAGGGAAAUAGAAGAAACUGAGAACCCUAGUCUCAUACCUUCCAAGUAAAUGGAAUCAAUCCCAGGAGUACAGCGUGUCCUUUGUGCCUGUGUUACAAGAAGUCCAAGCUAUUUUUGUAAAGGGGGUGGGUUACUUUCUCAGUCAAGUGCCACCAGACAAGAGAGCCACAGAGGCGGGAACUGCCAUGGGCUGGACGAAAGGCCACCACGGAAAGGGUUUCUAUGAGCCAGUGGCUUGUGACCUGUGCUCGCGUCGGCUGCUGUCUGCCCCCCGGGGAGGGCGAGGGGCAGCUGCGGAGGCCCGUGACCCGCCGGGCCAGCCGUCCUGACGCCUCUGGAGGCAGCGCGAGCCCGUCUUGAUCUCUGGCCACCGCAUUGCGUUUCUCCCCUUAAAGAGCAUCAUCACCAUCAUUAUUGCACAGGCAGCCGUGUUCUUUGGUAACCGAUCAGCCGGAAGAGACAGCGCACAAGAACGGUGACUCACCCGGACUCCGGGCUGUCGCGGAAUGCCACUGCCCCACUGUCUUCUCUGAUGGCCCUUUGCGUGUGACACCAGGUCUGCAGUCUCUUGCCAUCUGGAUCACAGUCCCUCUGUAUUAUGUGCAAUCUGUUCCUCAGGUGUAGACAUUUGUGCUGCAGUUGACUCUGAUCACACGAGCCUGUGCGAGGUGCCUAACGGCGACUUGCUGCGUCAGUAGCCCCUGGGCAGACGCUCCCUGCCGACAGCAGGGCCCUGUCUGUGCUCAGCGCCGAUGGCAUUCCUGUGCCUGGUCGCGGGCAGAGGAGUGGGGCUCCGUGGCUCAUCCAGAUCACUCCUAAAGAGGUACAUUCUUCCAGAUGGAACCCGUAACUUUUUUUUUCAGGUUCCCACGCUGGGUGUCACGGUGUCAUUGUUAAGUGACACUUCUGUCUCGAGUUACACCAUCACCCUCUCCCUUCCGAAUCUGAGCUGUGCCGGGGUUUGAACUACAAAGCCAUACGUGCGGGAUGUUGACGUGUGUAAGAAGCACUUUCAGAAUGUUGUCCUUUUUAAGAAAAAAUUCUCAGAAUACCAGUUUUUAUUCCGAAAAUAAAGAACGAACCCAGAUAUGACAUGCA